AUGAAUGUUCAGCUAGAGACAGUUCUUACGAUGUCAAACAGUGACAUUAAUGCUUACGUACAACAAGCAGCGGGAGCUGAGGAAGUAAAGUUAACUUUGCAAAAAAUCGAGUGGAUUGUACCGUACGUCACCCUAUCAGACAAGGAAAAAAUUCAAGCAUUAAAUUAUAUUACAAGUGAUCCGGCUAUCUCAAUUAGUUUUCGAACCUGGGAAUUGUAUGAGUAUCCGCUGUUACCGGCAACAUCAAAACAUAUUUGGGCUGUCAAAACAUCAACACAACUGGAGAAGCCACGUUACGUCAUCCUUGGAUUUCAAACAGCAAGAAAAAACGACGCAAGGAAGAAUGCGAGUCGAUUUGAUCAUUGUACGCUCCGUAACGUAAAGUUAUUCCUGAACUCACAGAGUUAUCCGUACGGAGAUCUGAAUUUGGACAUAAACGACAAUCAGUAUGCUUUAUUAUACAGUAUGUACACUGAUUUCCAAUUUUCAUACUAUAAUAAAGAGACUGAGCCACUGUUAACAAAGCAGAAAUUUUUGCAAGAAGCUCCGCUCUGUGUUAUAGACUGUUCUAAGCAGAAUGAGGCAAUUAAAUCUGGACCAGUAGACAUUCGAUUGGAGUUUGAAUCCACAAAUCAAUUUCCACAAAACACAACAGCUAAUUGUUUAAUAAUCCACGAUCGUAUAGUUGAGUAUAACCCUAUCAGCAGCACUGUACGAAAAUUGACUUGA